AUGGCCCAAUCAUUUUCAUUUCCUCCUCCUCCACCACCACCUCCAGUAGUCUCGCAGAACACCCACAACCCGCAGCAGUAUAGCAGAGGUGGAUAUCGAGGAGGAGGAAGCAACCAGUCACAUACCCAAAAUAGUCGUGGUCGAGGACAAUACCACAAUCGUGGUGGUCAACGAGGUGGCUAUGGCCGAGGGAAUGGACAGCACCAUUCUCGCGGCGGACACUCGCACGAGCCUCAAACAUAUCGCGGUCUAAAUUCUCAGUUUCAGCCUUCAAAGUUCGAUGCAGGCCAAAAGAGAAGUCACGCUACAGCCUUUCAAAACCCUCCCAAUCAAACACUACGCAACAGCCGUCCACUUGCGCCGCCAGCUGUCCCGAGCUUCGGCGUCGACUUCUCAGCACUAUUACCAAAGAAACCGGAAACGGAAAGCGUUCAAACGCCUGUGCAGCCCAGGAAGACGAACCUCCUCGGCUUGACACCUACAGCACGAAACGAAGGUUCAGAAGCAGAAGACGACGAAGACGAGGAAGCAAAGCUGGCCGCUCCUGCCUCCACAUUAAACGCUUUGCAGUUCGAGCAUAGAGGACAAACAUCCACCCUGAAAACACCAGAGGAAAUCGCGGCCUGGGUCGCAGAACGAAGGAAACGCUGGCCCACCGAAGCGAAGCGGGAAGUGGCGCAGAAAGAGGCUGAAGAAAGACUGAAGAAGCACGAACAAGACAAGGCGGCUCGACUAGAGGCAUCAAAAGCAGCCGCUAAAACACGACAAGAGGAGUGGCAGAAGAAGAAACUCGAAAAGGAGAAGAGCCAGCUUCGUCAGAAGAUGUUGAAGGAGCAGAUCCAUAAAGCUAAAGCGUAUGCUACUGAGAGUACGCCGCUGAAUGCAGCUCAGAUCAAGGCCGAAAGGCUCAGGAGGAAGGCUGAGAAGAUUGCGCAGCAGUUGAAAGUGGCUGAGGCUCAACUUGAGAAACAGGGUCCGACCAAGGACGCAGCAGACGAUGCCGACCUCGAAGCUCUACUUACUCAAGUUGAUAGAGCAGCCGCUGUUAGAAGUCAUGGAGACGACGCUGAUGUGGAUGCCAUAGAAAGCGCUAGCGAAGAUAGUGAUGUCUCUUCUAGGCAGGGCGACACCCUCAUGGCAGACGACACCUCUACAUCAGGAACCUCCGACCUUGACUCAGGCGAAAGUGACUCCGACGCGCCACCAGAGGAGCUCACCUCGAAACGCGCUGAUGCCCCUCCACCAGCUCGCAGAGCUUCACUCGAUGCCUCCACCGACACUCGUCCCCUCUGUACCAACUUGGCAAAAGCUGGACGUUGUAAAUUUGGUCGAAAGUGUCGCUUUCGGCAUCCGAAGCCUGACAAGAAAGCGGUUGCCGCUCAGCAGUCCGGAGCAGGGAACAGAAGGAAGGGGAUAUAUCAAGUAAUGGUCGAGAAGGAGCAGGAGGAGGAACAGAAACGUGUGUUGAGAGCUAUUAUUGCGCUUGGCGAUGCUGGCUUGCUGAAAGAUGAUGAGGCGUCCAAAGAGUAG